GUGUCUUACAAUGUGGAAGGUUUCUGUGAACGGAAUCGGGAUGUUCUUUUCACUGACCUGAUUGAACUCAUGCAGAGCAGUGAGCUCCCUUUCAUUCGUGCACUUUUUCCUGAAAGUCUACAAGCAGAAAAGAAGGGCCGACCCACAACUGCAGGCAGCAAAAUUAAGAAACAAGCCAAUGAUCUUGUGGGCACUCUGAUGAAGUGUACACCACACUAUAUCCGCUGUAUCAAACCUAAUGAAACCAAGAAGCCCAGGGAUUGGGAGGAGAACAGAGUGAAGCACCAAGUGGAGUAUCUAGGUUUAAAGGAAAAUAUCCGAGUGCGGCGAGCAGGUUACGCUUACAGACGAGUUUUUAAGAAAUUCUUGCAGAGGUAUGCUAUUCUGACUAAAGAGACAUGGCCUUCAUGGAGAGGAGAUCCGAAACAAGGAGUUGUCCACCUCCUCCGAUCAGUCAACAUGGAUCCAGAUCAGCACCAGCUGGGGAAAACCAAAAUCUUCAUCAAAGCACCCGAGUCU